AUGUCAUCAUCGGAUAAAGCAAUUCUAAGUCAAUUUCAACUUGAAAAUGGUUCUUUACUUGGUGGACCUGUUGAAAUUCCAUUAACAAUAAAUAUUCGUCAAUUAAAUAGUGUUGCUAAUGGAUUAGUACAAGCACAACAAACAUUAACAAAUAAUGAAUUAAUUCCAUAUUCAUUUUAUGUAGAUGAUAUUGAAAUAAAAGAAUCAUUAGAAAAAUAUUUUCAAGAUCAAAUAAAUAAACAAAUAUUUGAAAAAAUUUUAAAUAUUAUUUGUGUACCAAAAGCAAGAUUUCAAGUUAUACCUGUUGAAAGAUGUACAGCAACAAUUGAAGGACAUCUUGAAGCUAUAACAGUUUUACAAUUUAGUCCAAAUGGAAAAUUUUUAGCAUCAGGUAGUGGUGAUACAACUGUAAGAUUUUGGGAUUUAAAUACACAAACACCAUUUGAUGAAUAUGGAAAAGAACAUAAACAUUGGAUAUUAUGUUUAAGUUGGGCACCAAAUGGUAAAAUUCUUGCAUCAUCAUGUAAACAAGGACUUAUUGGUUUAUGGAUUGGUGCAACUGGUAAACAACAUGGUACUAAAUUACUAUCCGGUCAUCGACAAUGGAUUAAUUCUUUAAGUUGGCAACCAUUACAUUUAAAUGGUUCCUGUCGUUUAUUAGCAUCUGGUAGUAAAGAUACAACUAUUAAAAUUUGGGAUACACAUUUAUUUAAAACUGUUUUUACUCUAAGUGGUCAUACAGCAUCAGUAACAUGUAUUAAAUGGGGUGGACAAAAUUUACUUUAUUCAGCAUCACAAGAUCGUACAAUAAAAGUUUGGCGUACAACUGAUGGUGUACUUUGUCGUACAUUAGAAGGACAUGCACAUUGGGUAAAUACACUUGCAUUAUCAACAGAUUAUGUUUUACGAACUGGUUUUUAUGACCCAUCAAAACAAUCUACAAUGAAUGAUAGUGAUAAUAUUGAUGAUCUUACAUUACAAACAAUGGCACUUGAAAGAUAUGAAAAUGUUUAUAAAUUAUUUGAUACAAAUGGUGGUGAAAGACUUGUAUCAGGUUCAGAUGAUUUUACACUUUAUUUAUGGAAACCAGAAACAGAUAAAAAACCAUUAGCACGUAUGACUGGUCAUCAACAAUUAAUAAAUGAUGUUAAAUUUUCACCUGAUACUCGUCUUUUAGCAUCAGCUAGUUUUGAUAAAUCAAUUAAAUUAUGGUCAAGUCGUACUGGUACUUUUCUUGCAACAUUACGUGGACAUGUUCAAGCUGUUUAUCAAAUAGCAUGGUCAGCUGAUUCACGUUUACUUGUAUCGGGUAGUGCUGAUAGUACAUUAAAAAUUUGGAACAUUGAAAAACGUUGUAUUCUAUUUGAUUUACCCGGUCAUGCUGAUGAAAUUUAUGCAGUGGAUUAUAGUCCAGAUGGACAAGUUGUUGCUAGUGGUGGAAAAGAUAAAGUUUUGAAAUUAUGGAGAAGAUAG